CGCCCGCGGCUCUCGGGGCUUUCGGGGCUUUCGGGGAGCGGAGCCGGUGCGGAGCGCGAUGGUCGCGGCGGGGCCGCCCCUCUCCUGCCUCCUGCUGACGGCCUCGCUGCUGCCGCUGCUGCCGGUACCGGCACCGGGGGCAGCCCCGGGCCCCCCCGCGCUCAGCGACGCCGAGAUCGAGGAGUUUCUGCGGGGCUUCCUCGGACCCGGGGACGGCGGGGACCGGGACGGGGACGGUACUGAGCUGGGCUUCGGCACCGACCUCAGCAUCGGCACCGGCUCUCCAGGGUCGCUAACAGAGCCUGAGAAACCCAGGAAGGGGAAGAAGGAGAAACCUCCAAAGAAGGAGAGACCCCGAGGCCCCAAGAAAGAUAAGGACAAAGUCAAGAACAAGGACAAGGACCGGGGCAAGAACAAACCCCUCAAAAAGCCCAAGGAGAAGCCCUCGAACGGCUCUGAAAACCCACCAAAAGGCUCAGAAAAACCUCCAAAAGGCUCUGAAAAACCUCCAAAAGGCUCUGAAAAACCCCCAAAAGGCUCCAAAAAGCCCAAGGAGAAGCCACCCAAGGCCACCAAACCCUCUGGAAAGAAGCCACCAGUGCUGCCAAGCCCCCCCACUGAACCCCCCACGACCCUGCAGCCCUCACAGGGCAAGGAGGAUGAAGAGACACCUGAGUUCCUGGAGCCUUUGCAAAACAAGGAGGAGGAUGGAGAGGUCCCUGAGGAGCCAGAACCUCCAACCCUGGACUACAACGAGCAGCUGGAGCGGGAGGACUACGAGGACUUCGAGUACAUUCGGCGGCAGCAGAAGCCCCCCAAGCCCCCAAGCAGGAGGAGACCUGAGCGGGUCUGGCCCCAGCCCGAGGAUACACCAGAGCCAGAGGAGACCCCCCCGCAGCCCCCCCUGCAGCCCCCCCCGCAGCCCCCCUUGCCUGGCCCGGUGACUGAAGGAGACUACGGUGAGGGCUUCGAGCCACCUGACUAUGAUGACUGGACCUACGGGCUGCCCCUCCCACUGAAGCCCGACGAACACCCAGACAAAGAGGAUGGGAUGGAGACGAAUGAGAAGAAAAUCAAACCCUUGAAGCCCAAGAAAGAGGAGGAGGAGGAGGAGGAACGCUGGACAGAGGAGAAGGGCCAGGACAGCAAAGGAAAACCAAAAAAAACAGGAGGAAAGAAGUGGGAUCCAGAUGAAGAGGAAUGGGCCCCUCCAGCAGAGAAGAAGAGGUGUCCUCCCAUUGGGCUGGAGUCCCACCGCAUUGAGGAUGACCAGAUCCUGGCCUCCUCCAUGCUGCGUCACGGGCUGGGUGCCCAGCGCGGCCGCCUCAACAUGCAGGCGGGCACCAAUGAGGACGAUUUCUUUGAUGGAGCGUGGUGUGCUGAGGAUGACAGCCGGGCACACUGGCUCGAGGUGGACACCCGCCGCAUCACCAUGUUCACCGGUGUCAUCACCCAGGGGCGCGACUCCCACAUCCAUGAUGACUUUGUCACCAGCUUCUAUGUGGGCUUCAGCAACGACAGCCAACACUGGGUGAUGUACAGCAAUGGCUACGAGGAGAUGAUGUUUUAUGGCAACGUGGACAAGGACACGCCGGUGCUGAGUGAGUUCCCUGAGCCAGUGGUGGCCCGGUAUAUCCGCAUCUAUCCCCAGCGCUGGAAUGGGAGCCUCUGCCUGCGCCUUGAGGUCCUGGGGUGCCCCCUCUCUGCUGUUAGCAGCUACUACACCCAGCAGAACGAGGUGACUUCCAUGGACAACCUAGACUUCCGACACCACUCCUACAAGGACAUGAGGCAGCUGAUGAAGGUGGUGAAUGAGGAGUGUCCCACCAUCACCCGCAUCUACAACAUUGGCAAGAGCUCACGUGGGCUGAAGAUCUAUGCCAUGGAGGUCUCCGACAACCCGGGCGAGCACGAGACGGGUGAGCCGGAGUUCCGGUACACGGCGGGGCUGCACGGGAAUGAGGCACUGGGCCGGGAGCUGCUUCUGCUGCUGAUGCAGUUCCUGUGCAAGGAGUACCAGGACGGGAAUCCCCGUGUGCGGGGCCUGGUCACGGACACCCGCAUCCACCUCGUCCCAUCCCUCAACCCCGAUGGCUACGAGCUGGCCCAUGAGGCGGGCUCUGAACUGGGCAACUGGGCACUGGGCCAUUGGACAGAGGAAGGCUUUGACCUCUUUGAGAACUUUCCCGACCUGGCCUCAGCGCUGUGGGCGGCCGAGGAGAGGCGGCUGGUGCCCCACCAGUUCCCCAACCACCACAUCCCCAUCCCAGAGCACUACCUGUCUGAGGAUGCGGCAGUGGCAGUGGAGACACGGGCUGUCAUGGCAUGGAUGGACAAGAACCCCUUCGUACUGGGAGCCAACCUGCAGGGUGGGGAGAAGCUGGUGUCCUUCCCCUUCGACACGGCCCGGCCCAGCCCCCCAACACCAGCAGCUGCCCCUCGUCCACUGGACUAUGAGGAUGAGCGCCCUGAGCUGCAGGAGACACCUGACCACGCUGUGUUCCGCUGGCUCGCCAUCUCCUAUGCCUCAGCACACCUCACCAUGACCGAGACCUUCCGUGGGGGCUGCCAUGCACCGGAUGUAACCGAUGCCAUGGGCAUUGUGCAGGGUGCCAAGUGGCACCCCCGGGCUGGCAGUAUGAAUGACUUCAGCUACCUGCACACCAACUGCCUGGAGCUCUCCAUUUACCUGGGCUGUGACAAGUUCCCCCAUGAGAGUGAGCUGCAGCAGGAGUGGGAGAACAACAAGGAGUCUCUGCUCACCUUCAUGGAGCAGAUCCACCGGGGCAUCAAGGGUGUGGUGACAGACCAGCAGGGAGAGCCCAUUGCCAAUGCCACCAUUGUGGUGGGGGGCAUCAACCACAAUGUCAGAACAGCCAGCGGCGGGGACUACUGGCGCAUCCUGAACCCGGGUGAGUACCGCGUGUCAGCGCGGGCCGAGGGCUACAACCCCAGCACCAAAACUUGCCACGUUCUCUACGACAUUGGGGCCACCCAGUGCAACUUCGUCCUGUCCCGCUCCAACUGGAAGCGCAUCCGGGAGAUCAUGGCUAUGAACGGGAACCGGCCGAUUCGCCGUGUGGUGCCUGGCCGGCCCAUGACGCCCCGCGAGCGCCUGCGCCUGCGGAUGCGGCUGCGGCACCGCAUGCGGCUGCGCGAGCAGAUGCGGCUGCGGCGCCUCAAUGCCACCAUGACCACCAGCAGCCCCACGGCCCCACCAUCCACCACAGCCCUGCCCUUCCCCUUCAGCAGCACGGCCUACAUACCCUGGAGCCAGGAGCCACCCACUGCUGGCACCUGGGAGAUGGACACUGAGACAGAGGUUGUCACCGAGCUGGUGACAGAGACGGAGGGCUGGGAGUUGCACACAGGGACGGCGCAGUCCCUCACCACGGCCGAAACCUACACCGUGAACUUUGGGGACUAGGGACACUGGACCCCUCACUCUGCUUCAAGCCGUAGUCGGACGCUUCGGCAUCCGCUUCCAACAGCUUCCCUGAGUCCAGGCAGCUGUUCCAGGUGGGCUCCAGCCCCUCACCUUGCUGCUUCGAAGGACUGCAGGCAUUGUUGCCAACAGCUGGGUGCUGUCAGGGACAUGCUACCCCAUCCCUCAGAGCUGGGCAGUGCCAGCCCACUGUCUGUGUCCCAGUGGGGUGGCAGGGGUGGUAUUGCUCUCCUGGGCAGGGCCCAUGGAGGCAAGCAUAGCCUUUCUCCCCUCUAUACAAUUUUUGUUACACAAAUAAAUCAAGUUAUAUUGGUAUGAA